AUGAAGCUGAAAGAAAGAAGCAUUCCAGGCGACGGCACAACUCGAGGAGAGAUUGCAAGCCUCACAGAGAGAAGUAUCAUUGUUCUCGCACGAAAGGAUCUAGGCGAUCAGAAGAAAGUACAUAUCCAGGAAACCACAGUUCAGUCGCUUCCCACGGAGAAUGAAAAAAUUAAUGAGGAAUUAGAGGAACGAGAACCACCAGUUACCGUGGUAUACAAUUAUAUGGCAAAUGAAAAGAAUAAGAAUGAUGCUCUGAUUGAAGAAAACAAGGUCAAAGGAAACAUGUUCUAUAAGCUAGGACGACUGGAAGAAGCAAGUGAAUGUUUCCUCAGAGUCUUGGAUAUGGACGACGAUCAAGUGGACUGCAGGCGAAGACUGGGAUUAUGUCUCUUAUUGCUUGGCAGACACAGCCAAGCUAUGACGCAGCUUGAGAAAUUAGGUGAUCAAGAAGAUUUGGUUGCAGCCGCCAGAACCUUGCAAAGAAUGCAACGUCAUGGCUGCCCAUACUACAUCCUAGGUAUUGCAGAGGAUGCUAAUUUGAAGGAAAUAAAGUGGGCCUAUAGGAAGCGGACACUCAAGUUUAACCCUGAUAACUGCCAAGGGUCUAAAGACGAGCGACAACGCAGAAUGGAUAUCAUGCACAAUGGUCAACUAUGCUAA